AUGGCCUUUAACUCCGGGAAUUCAGCCCCUGCUGGGGGGAGCGCGCAGGCUGAGCUUGGCCCAGAGCUCUCGGAUGCGUUCACUGAUGAAAUCGGUUUCAAAGGCGUCUCCGGCGACGCCAAUAUUCGCUUCCUUCCCACCCCUUGGCCUGACGACGCCCUCCCCGCUCCAACAUCUUCUCUGCUCGCCGUCGCGCAAACCAAAGGACUCGCAGUUGCCGCCGGGCCCGAUGUUCUUGUUGUCGCAACAACCGAAUCAAUUCGCCAAGCUAUCCAGGCCCCUACUGGUCAAGAGAAGCUGAAAACGAAGCCCUUCGAGCCACUCGCUACGAUCCCACUCCCCGCUCGGCCAACCCACAUCGCUUUCAACGCGAGCGACGACGCGUUGAUCCUUGCUACAGAGAAUGGCUCCCAAAUUUCGGUCUUUCAAACAUCCAGUCUGGUAAAUGAAACUGCCCAGCCUGCGCUAUCUGUUUCGACCACAGGGGCAUCGAUUCGCUCUCUGGUUCCGAACCCAGAUCCCACAUCCAACCUUGUUGCUCUCGUCACGGUCAAUGGCGAGCUUCUUGUUGCCGACCUAAAAGCAGGAAGUCUGGUCUCAGGAGCCAACGGCCAAGUCCUCCGGAACGGCGUCAGUUGCGUUGCGUGGAGUAAUAAGGGUAAGCAGCUUGUGGCUGGUUUGGCCGAUGGGACUGCGGACCAAAUGACUGCAGAUGGAACCAAAAAAGACCAAAUCCCCCGGCCUACCGAUUUGGAGGGAGAGUAUCAUGUAUCAUCCGUCGCUUGGCUUGAGAAUGAUGUCUUCUUCAUGGUCUUUACCCCCAAUGCUCUUGAAGACGAAGGCGGAAUCCCGCCAUCAUCCUACUAUAUCAUCAACAGGCGUAAGGGGGCGCCUUUCUUGAUCCAAAAACUGCCCGAAAUUUGCUCGACUCUCGGUUUUAGCAUGAAACGGACACCGGCAUAUCAGUUUAUCACCCGGCUACGAGACUACAAACCCCACAUGAAGGACGUGUUGAUAGUCUCAUCUACUGCAUCUGCUGAUGUCAGUCUUGUUACUCGCCCGGACCAACCAUUUGCGGACGAUGACGCUUCGAAGAGUCUUGUUGGCCAAUUCGUGGCUACUGAAAUCAACAGUGACAGUCAUAAGGCUGCGGUCCCGCUGAAGGACUCCACGGAUGACACCUCUGUGAUUGGCUUGGCUGCUGACCUCACCUGCACUGAGAACGUUUAUGCCCCCAUUCAAGGUCAGGAGGAAGAUAUUCCAGAGAGCUCAUCUCCCUUGCCGGGAUUGCUUCUGCUGAAUAACGACGGCAUUCUUUCCUCGUGGUGGUUCAUAUACAACCAGGCGAUUCGUGAAAAGGUUGUGUACGCCGGCCUUGGAAUAGUUACUCACGACCAGCCUGCCACUUCAACUGCCUCCGCUGCUUCCCCAGCUCCUCAAAAAUCCGGGUUUGGACAAGCCUCUCCCGCGCCACAACAGCCUGCUUUCGGGCAAACUUCCUUUGGCGGCGCAUCUCCGUUUGGCACUUCCGGUUUUAACAAGUCAACCGGUGGUACCUCUUUCGGGACAACAUCCACCAUGGGUGCAACUGCAUUUGGUAAGCCAUCUGGGCCAUCGUUUGGCAGUCCGUCGCCAAUGGGUGGUGGUUCAGCUUCGGCCUUCGGUAAGCCAUCAGCUCCAGGAGCUACUUUUGGAACUCCCUCCCAGCCUGGUUCUGCGUUUGGCACUGCGGGCACUCCUGGGCAACCGGCAUUCGGCCAGUCUGGCUUCGCCACUGCGGGCUCUAGCUUUGGACAGCCUAGUACUUCGGGCAAGAGUCUGCUUGGGACAGGGAGUGGCACUGCCGGAGGUGGCUUCAGCUCCUUCUCUGGAGGUGGCGGAUUUGCUGGAUUCGCCGCAGCUAAGCCAGGAGAGUCGCCAUUCGCGAAGCCUGCUAGUGAAAGUGGAUUUGGAAAGCCAUCUCUGCCCUCGCCAUUCGGAAAGCCACAAAACGACGCUUCCUUUGCGCCUGCGAGCACCAAUGGCAAUGGCAAUGAGACCAAGAACCCAUUCGGCAAUCCCUCUACUACGACUUCCUUCCCACAGCCAACCUCUACAGAAACGAAGAAUCCGUUUGGCCAAAACACCGGUGGCUUCGUUUUAGGGUCGUCUUUCAAGCCCGAUGGCACAGCCGCCAACGAUGGUCCGAAGCCCGACAAGCCCUCUUCUGGGGCUUUCUCAUUCGGUGGCUCGUUUGACGAGAUGGUUUCUUCUCCAGGAAAGGCAAGCCCUAGCCCGCCGGUCUCGGAGCCUAUGGACAGCGGUGAGGAUGGAACUGGCUUCGUCCCGCCAGUCAAGAACGAAUCGACUUCUGUCUUUGGCAAGCCCUCCUCUCGGACGACUUGUCUGUCUGGCAACCUAACCCCGCUGAAUGCCAAGUCUGAGUCUACUGUCGAGACCAGCAAGUCAAACUUUUCUAUUUUUGGUGGUGCUUCCAACGAUGCUGCUUCCGCCGCUCAAAAUCAGGUCACUAGCCCUCUUUCAGCCCCGUCCGAUAAAACGGCUACACCGAAGCGGGAAGGAUCUGUUUCUACGCCUACUUUCGGUUCUUCGUAUGACACACCACUGCCUCCGGAUCCUACAAGCAGGGAUAGCUAUGCCCCUGGAGACACAUCCGCAUCAUCCAAUGUAUCUAAGAGCUCCAUUGAAGAUGCGCCGCUGCCCCCAGACUUCACCGGCGCCAAGAAGUCGCCGCAAGUGAAUGAUGCGCCACUCCCUCCGGAUUUCAUUGCAGCCAAGAAGCCAUCACCGAAGAUUGACGAUGCGCCCCUGCCUCCAGACUUCACCGUGAAGAAGCCCGUACCAAAAGACGACGAGGCGCCCUUACCGCCAGACUUCAUAAUGCCCAAGCCUAAGAAGGCUGAAAGUCCCCCAAUCUCCGCUGAAGAAGCGCCUCUACCCCCUGACUUCGUCGCCUCAAAGGAUAAACCUGAGCCAGCCGAAGAAGCUGUUCCAGUUCCAGAUGCCUCUGAUGCAGACUCGGAAGGCGAUGGAUCCGACUUCUCAGAUAGUGGCGAAGAAAUCACCCAUGACGAGACUAAGAUCCCGAGUCCUAAGGACUCCGCCGAAAGCUCAUUCAGUGCUAUUUCUGAGAAGAGUGCUACAGGUGGUCUGUUCAGUGGUCUAUCGAAAUCUGUUGCUCCCAAGCAUGGCCAACAGCUUCCCCGCCAGCUGUUUGGUGAAAUCCCCAAGCAGCCCCUUCUUCCGCCGCCUGGGCCUGUGGCGCAGAACAACCGCGAGCCGUACCGGUCACCCAGCCCUACCCGGGUGGGCUCGAAGAAGAGUACUUUGCUCUCGCAGAAGCCUGAGGUGCGUAAAGAAGCUGGAAGUGCUCUAGCUACCCGCAAGGCUUCUUUGACGCAAAUGGCUCAGCGAGAUGGACUGCUGAGAAAAGAGAGCCUUGCCUCCCAAGAAGAGGAGGCUCGGGCUAAACAGACCGCUCAGAGCCAAGAAGAGGACGUUCUCUUUUUAUCAGAUGAUGACGAAGAUGAGAGACUUCGCGAAGAUCUUGCUCGCCCACUCGAACCUGUUGCUACUCUUGAUCCUUUUCUUCCUCACCAAAGCUACACUGGCGAGACUGCUAAGCCAGGUAUCUCGGGUAUGGUUGAACGCCUAUAUCGCGAUAUCAACUCAAUGAUCGACACACUGGGAAUAAAUGCACGAUCCUUGGACUCGUACAUGCUGUAUCAGCAGUCUUCCAAGACAUCGGAGCCUUCCGAAUUGGCAGAGAUCUUAAAGGGUGAUCAGCCUGCCAAUAUUCUUGACAAAAAACUGUAUUUACUGGAUAUCAACAACUUUGAGGAACUCGUCGUUGCUCUCAACGAAACUCUUCAUUACGCGCGCAUUCAGAAUGUUGAGGAGAAAUUGGAGCGAUGCCGCGAAAUCCUCGCAAAGGAGGUCGUGAAUAUGCGAUCCCAGUUUUCCACCAUUCGCAAGACCCUGGAUGCACACACUGAUACCGGUUCCAUCCUUGCGGCGCCUCUGUCGGCCGAACAGGCUACUCUUCAGCAAGAUCUUCGAUCUACGUUCGCUGAUUUCCAGACCAAGAUGGCCGAUCUUGAGCAGGGCGUCUCGCUAUUGCGAGCCAAAAUGGCAGAUAUCCCUCGUCCCGAUGGGUCAACUACUUCAUCCCGCAAGCGACCUACUGUUGAGGCUGUUGCCUCUACCAUUUCUACGAUGAUGGCUAUGGCCGAAAGUAAGAGCAGUGACAUUGACGUUCUUGAGUCGCAAAUGCGGAAAAUGGGUCUCGACAUCUCCAGCGCCGCACCAAGCCACGAGGAAUCUCCUUUCACUACCCCACGGAAGAAUGCUGGCCGUUUCCCUGCUACUCCGGGCUCGCGCGGAUCAAUUGACGGCAGUGCCUAUCACACGCCCGAUUCUGCUUCGCGCGGCAUCAACUUCCGGGGUAGCAUCAACGGCUCGGCAAGACACAGUCGUCUCCGCAGUGUCGAAGGUGUGGGCCCGGUCAUCCAGGAGGAGAGCGCCCGGUGGAAAACAAAGAACUCUCGCCGCCAGCAACUGAUCGGUAAUUUGAAGGCUGCAUUUGAGAAGAAAAAGGACAAGGUGCGCCCUGUUGAUGAUGACUGGGUGGUUGUGGACAAACCCUAA